AUGUACAACACCAACAUGGAAACUCCACAGUCAUACCGGGACCCAAAUUCAGAACGGAGAAUAAUGUCUCACCGAAGGACGGAUAGCUGGGACAGUGAGGCCACCAUCAGCGGUGACUCCGACCCCCUCAUACAAAAAAGCGGCGCCAGUGUUGUCCUGGAUCUCACCUGCAAUGAAGACGAUACAUAUUUCUGGUCGGCAAAACGAAGAAGGCCAUGGAUAAAGCUUGGGUCAUUGUUUCUGUGCAGUUUGAUGGUCGUGCUUUUGACAUUAGACGUCGCACUACGGCUGGGCUGGGCAGCGUCGCUUCAAGACGACGAUGUGGACGAAAAAUCAUUCCUCAAUUGGGGGAAGACAGGCAGUGGCACAGAACGCCUGUCAUGGUAUCCGACCAACUUCCUACAAGAUGUGAUACCAAAGCGGAUACACUCUCACAACGACUAUUGGCGAAAAGUACCACUCUUCACGGCCCUCAAACAAGGCUGCAUGAGCGUGGAGGCCGAUGUGUGGUUGUUCGAUGACCCGGAUCGCAGAGAUCACCUCUAUGUUGGUCACAGCAAGGCAGCCCUGCAACGGGAUCGGACCUUUCAAUCACUUUACAUUCAGCCUUUAGUUGAGAUACUCACACGGCAAAACCCCACCACGGAAUUCUACAACGGUACCAGUCGUGGCGUGUUCGACACUGCGCCCGAACAAACUGUCACUCUGCUGGUGGACGUCAAGACCGCAGGCCCAAAGACAUGGACCAAAGUUGUCGAGCAGCUUGAACCCCUCCGGGAGCGAGGUUGGCUUACACAUUUCGCCAACGGCACAAUACACCAAAGGGCAAUCACUGUCGUGGGCACAGGGAACACCCCUUUCGACCUCCUAACAAGCAACGAUACGUACCGCGACUAUUUCUUCGAUGCGCCGCUCAACCGCCUUGCCGAAUCCCCAUACGACAUGACAAACUCGUAUUUCGCGAGCGUGUCAUUUGGUUCUACGAUCGGCAGGACCUGGAUGGGGAAGAUAAGCAAAGAGCAGAUCCGGAGGAUCAGGCUACAAGUGAAGCAGGCGCACGCGAAGGGCUUGAAAGCCCGUUAUUGGGACAUUCCGGAGUGGCCAGUCACCGCGCGCAACCGCAUCUGGGAUCUGUUGGUCCAGGAGGGCGUCGAUCUGCUGAAUGCAGAUAAUGUCAAGGCCGCAGCCAAGCGGGGCUGGGAGUAUUAG